AUGAAUGUCGCGAACAAGGCAAGACUGCUUCUUGAUGCCUCGAAAGCUGAGGAAUUGCCAGAUGGCAACGUGAUGCGGCUGAACUCAGAGCGUUUCAAGUGUCCGGAGGCCCUGUUCAAUCCCUCGCUGAUUGGUCAGCCUGAGAUGCAGGGCAUCCACGCUCAGAUCUUCAACUCAAUCAUGAGGUGUGAUCUGGACAUCCGCAGGGAUCUCUUUGCCAACGUGGUUGUGUCGGGUGGCAGUACCUGCUUCCGAGGCUUUGGCAAGAGGCUUCAAGCCGAGCUCGCAAGAUCGACACCGAGCAAUAUUAGAAUACGUGUGUUGGCACCUGAAGACCGUCGAUUCUCAGUUUUCAUCGGAGGUGCCAUGCUUGCUGAUCUCGACCUGUUCACGGACAUCUGGUAG